AUUUAGUAAGGAAUAAAAAAGUCUUGCUAGUUAUUUAAAAAAUAAUGAAGAUGAAUUAAUAAAUUUUUUUAAACUUAAUAAUGAUAUGCUUGCAAAUUGCGUAGUCAUUAUACGGCAAUCACUAUUGCGUAUUAGUUUUGUGGCAUCACCAAAACAUUAAUUUGUUUGACACUUUCUCACCACACACAAUUUUUGGCUGUCAAAUGUUGGAUCGCCGGGCGAGUGUUUGCUAAAUUUAAUGGGUUUUCAUAUAUUUUAGAUUUUUAUAUUGUAAUGCAAGAAUUUGUUAAUAAACGAUACAAACGUGAAAUAAGGUGAUAAGAUAUUUAACGAUAUAUACAAAAAAAAAAAAUACCUAGUUUUGGUUACUGAAUACCAAAGAUAAAACUUUGCAAGGCUCGCGAAAUUCGCGACCCUGAAUUUACAUUCAUGUACAAAACUACUGAAAACAUGGAUUUAACAUCUCAAAUGCAAGAUUUGUCAAAAGAGAUAAAGGAGAUGCGUGCCGACAUACAACAAAUAAAAGGUUUCAUGGACCGGCAAAAUGAGGUAAUAGAGGAGUUAAUGAAAGGACAUCAGGAAAUGAUGAAACGCUUGGUGAAGCAAGAAGAAGAAGCGGAAGAAGAAAAGAACAUCCAAAGACCUGUAUUUCCACUAAUGACACAAGAAGAUUUAGACAAUGCGGAAGCUUUUAUUGGAAUGGAUGAACGAAAGAAAGAAGAAAUGACACGAUUUCUUAAGCCAUUGUUGAUGCCAAUUGGUCUCAAACAAAAGCUUGUGUAUGUGCUAUCUGAAGAGAUUAUUUUGAGUUAUAACCUCGAGGGCACACACGGUAAAAAGCGCAUGCUGCUUUAUCCAAAACUUUUAAGCGUGUUAUACAGCGCUACUGAUCGACCCGGCUGGUCCUAUAAAUUAUUCUUAGAUGAUUUGCGCAGAGGUUUUCAAUUUGGCAAGAAGAAACAUUUUCGAAAAAAGUGUGCAUCGAACAAAUUGAAUAAAACGACAAGAAAUCCACUGUCGAGCGGUCCAGAGGACGACAACAUGGAUUCAGACUACUAGAACCCGUUGGCUAUGUGCAUAUACAUGUAUUUGUAGGUUAUAUCUAAGCUUAGUCUAAGUUUGUACUUAAGUAAAAAAAAUAAAAUUAAUAUUUUAAUUAUUUUUGAAACGUAGGAAUUUUAAAAUAAUUGUAUGUAUAUAUAUAUAUAAAUAAAGUUAUGUAACAAAUUUUAAUAU